CAGCUGAAAAGGGUCGGAUGAUGCGCCACGCGCUGCCGCAGUGAUCGCAUAACUGGUCGACGAUGUUACGGGUACCCAGGAGCCUGUGGAGGUCAUGCUCGGGGCUGGCGCGGACGCGAGUCUGCACAAAUUCAAGACUUCGCAUCGGCUACCCAUCGUCAAACUUUGGGAGGCGCGCGUACAGCGACUUAGGCGACGACGCGAAGAAGCGAGAUAUUCUGGAGCACUUGCUCUCGACCGUCGAGCGCGAGCACGGCAGCGAUGGCGUGGAGGUAGCCGCCGUGCUGGGGAACCUCGGGGAGGUGCACAAUCAAUUGGGAGACUACGCCAAGGCGCGAGACGUCCUGGAGCGCGCGCUCCCGAUCUACGAGCGUGAGCAAGGCAACGAAAGGCAAGUGGCCAACACGCUGGGUAACCUAGGGAACGCGCACGGUGGCUUAGGUGACCACGCGAAAAAGCGAGACAUGCAGGAGCGCGCGCUCGCGAUCAAGGAGCGGGUGCACGGCCGCGACCACCCGGAAGUAGCCAACACGCUGUUCAAUCUCGCCCAAGCGCAUGGCAAAUUAGGCGACCUCCCCAAGAGACGCGAGCUCCUAGAACGCGUCCUCCCGAUAUUUAAGCGCGCUCACGGACCUGACCAUCCGUACACGAAGGGGUGUCAAGGACAACUCACCUACACACUGAUGGAACUCGGGAAUACGUAUGGCAAAUUAGGCGACCACGCGAAGAAGCGAGACAUUCUAGAGCAUGCACUCGCGAUGCAGGAGCGGGCGCACGACAGCGAUGGCGUGGAGGUAGCCGCAGUGUUGUUUGAGCUCGGGAAAGCGUACGGCAAAUUAGGCGACCAGACGAAGAAACGAGACAUGAUGGAGCGCGCGCUCACGAUCGAGGAGCGGGAGCUCGGCCGCGAUCACGUGCAAGUGGCCGCCACGCUGAAUGUCCUCGGGGUUGUGUACGGCGAAUCAGGCGACCACGCGAAGGCGCGGGACAUGUUCGAGCGCGCGCUCUCCGUCUUUGAGCGCGAGUACGGCAAGGACAGCACGCAAGUGGCCACCACGCUGCAGGCCCUCGGAAUCCCGUACGGCGCCUUAGGCGACCACGCCAAGUCGCGAGAGGUCCUGCUUCGCGCGCUCGCGAUCAACGAGCAGGCGCACGGGCCCGAUCAUCCCAGCACAAAGCAGACCAAGAAAGUUCUCGCCGUACUUCAGAGCAAGGCGCCACCGCCGGACUUCGACGCUGAGGCAGAAAUAGCGAACGCGUCGAAGAUGCGCAUCAAGGAACUGCAGACUGCCCUCGGCAAGAUGGGCGUGUCGACGCGCGGCCUGUUUGAGAAAACGGAGCUCGUCGACGCGUACGUCGGCGCGUUGCGGGACGGCAAGCGGCCCGACGCGCCCGCGAACGGCGACGAUAAGACGUCGAAGACGGGGUCGGCGAAGGCUUCACUCACACCCCUCGACGUCGUUUUUGAUGUUAUCAACGACACCCUAGAGAAAGAAGGGAGUGGAGGCGAAAACAAAAAGGAGCUGGAGCGCCUGCUAGUGAUUGUCGAGCGUGUAAAAGCGGGAGUCGGUGAUGGCGCGCGCGUUGGAGGCGACGACCUAAAGGAGCUGGAGCGCCUACUGCUCCCGAUUUUCGAGCGUAAGCGCGGUACGGACAGCAUGGAAGUGGCAGCCUUGUUGUCUGGGCUCGGGCAGGCUUACCUGAAACUCGGCGACUAUGCCAAGGCGCGUGACCUACUGGAGCGCGCGCUCGCGAUCAUCGAGCGGACGUACGGCCCCGACCACGCGAUAGUGGCCGUCACGCUGACGAACCUCGGGCUCGCGUACGGCGAGUUAGGCGACCACGCGAAGAAGCGAGACCUGCUAGAGCGCGCGCUCGCAAUCGACGAGCGGACGUACGGAAGCGACCACGCGGAACUAGCAAUUACACUGAUGAACCUCGGGAACGCGUACGGCCAAUUAGGUGACCAGACGAAGAAACGAGACGUGCUAGAGCGCGCGCUCACGAUCUACGAGCGCGAGCACGGUAGCGAUAGUCCGCAAGUGGCCCUCACGCUGAUGAAUCUCGGGAAUGCGCAAGGCGACCAUAGCAAGCGGCGAGAUAUGCUGGAGCGUGCGCUCGUAAUCCAGGAGCGGGCGUACGGCCGCGACCACGCAGAAGUGGCCGGAACGCUGACGAACCUUGGUGGCGUGCACAUUGAUUUAGGCGACCACGCCAAGGCGCGAGACUUCCUGGAGCGCGCGCUCGCGAUCUUUGAGCGGGCGUUUGGCCGCGAUCACACGAGGGUGGCCGACACGCUGUUCAAUCUCGGGGGCGCGUAUUCUUAUCUAGGCGACCACGCGAAGGCGCGAGACGUGCUGGAGCGCGCACUCGCUGUCUACGCGCAGGCAUUCGGAAGCGACCACCCGAAGGUGGCAAACACGCGGACAAUCCUCGAAAACACGCUGAAAAACCUCGCAGCCGACUUGGAGAUCCCGCUGCACACUGCGGCGAUGAGAGGCGACGUCGAUGCGAUAACGCGGCUCCUGGACGGCGGCGCCGAGGUCGACCAGGCAGAGGAGGACGGCAAAACACCGCUGCUCGUUGCGUGCGCUUUAGGCCACGUCGACGUGGUGCGGCUAUUGCUGGAAAAGGGUGCCGACGUUGAUCGGGCGACGGAGAACGGUAUGACGCCGCUGUUCAUCGCCUGUACUGCGGGCCAUGUCGACGCAGUGAAGCAGUUGCUGGACAAAGGUGCUGCGGUCAAUCGGGCGUGGGAGGACGGCGCGACGCCGCUGUUCUUCGCCUGCCAGGAGGGCCACGUCGACGCGGCGCGGCUGGUGCUGGAGAAAGGCGCGGAGGUCGAUCGUGCGAGGGACAACGGAGCGACGCCGCUGUUCAUCGCCUGCUUUUACGGCCACGUCGACACGGCGCGGCUGGUGCUGGACAAAGGCGCGGACGUCAAUCGGCCGGAAGAGGGCGGGCGGACGCCGCUAUGGCAAGCGUGCUACGAGGGUCAGGUCGACGCGGCG